AUGGCAAGAAGCAUGUUAAAAGCGAAAGGUCUGCCAAAUGUGUUUUGGGCUGAAGCAAUUCAUACCUCGGUGUUUAUUCUCAAUAGGUCACCUACCAAGUCUAUCAAGGAUAUGUCUCCUUUUGAAGCAUGGCAUGGGUUUAAGCCAAAGGUUGAUUUCUUUAAGAUCUUUGGUUGCAUAGCCUAUGCACAUGUUCCUUCUCAAAAGAGAGAAAAGUUUGAAGAAAAUGGUGAAAAAUAUAUUUUUGUGAGUUAUAGUGACAAGUCCAAGGCAUACAGAUUGAUUGAUCCAAGAACUAAUAAGUUGGUAAUUUCUAGAGAUGUUAUUUUUUAUGAAUUCAAGGUAUGGAGAUGGGAAAACAAACAAGGUGAAAUACAGAGUUUUUUGUUGUUACCAGAAACAUCAAAUUUAGAAGAAUAUCUGCUAAUCCAAAGUCCAAUUUCAAGGGCAAGAAGUCCAAUUCCAAGUGCAAGAACAUCUUAUCCUAGUUCACCAGAUUCAACUCCUAGACUAAACGCAAGAACGCGUUCAUUGGCCGACAUAUAUGAGUCGUGUGAUCUUGCUUUGAGUGCUUUGGAGCCUCAAAAAUUUGAGGAAGCUGUGAAAAAAAAAUUUGGCAAGACGCAAUGGAAGAAGAAACUAGAGUUAUCAAGAAAAAUUCUACGUGGGAGCUUGUUGAUCGGCCUAAAUCAAAGGACAUCAUUGGACUUAAAUGGAUCUACAAGACAAAAAUACAAUGAAGAUGGCUCAAUCCAAAAGCAUAAGGCUCGGCUGGUUGCCAAAGGCUACUCUCAACAACCUAGAAUAGAUUUCAAUGAAAUGUUUGCUCUGGUUGUACGAAUGGAAACUAUACGAAUUGUGUUGGCUUUGGCAGCACAAUUGAAAACUCAAAAUUUUCAAUUGGAUGUCAAGUCCGCUUUUUUGAAUGGAGAACUUGAAGAAGAAGUUUACGUGGAGCAGCUGCAAGGAUAUAUUGAAAAGGGAAAUGAAGACAAAGUUUGUCGACUUCGGAAAGCACUAUACGGCUUAAAGCAAGCACCAAGAGCCUGA